ACAAGCCAGUUGCUGCGGAGUAGGCGGGAUUUUUUCGUAAUACGGGUGGAGAAAAGUACCGCCGUUCUGAGCGAAGCGUUGCUGCGUCUCACACUCGCACGCGCCCGUUUAUAAGCAACAUAUCCAAAAUGUCUGGAAGAGAAGGAGGUAAGAAGAAACCCCUCAAGGCUCCUAAGAAACAAACCAAGGAGAUGGAUGAGGAUGCAGUUGCUUUCAAGCAGAAGCAGAAGGAGGAGCAGAAAGCUAUGGAGGCAUUGAAAGCCAAAGCAGCAGGAAAAGGACCCUUAGGUAGUGGUGGAAUCAAGAAGUCUGGGAAGAAAUGAAUUGGAAUUGUUAGUUACCUGCAUUUGGGAACUGUUAUGUGAAAACGCCAUUCGAUUCUACUUUGGGGCCACAAACGCAAAUGUAGACAAACUAGCAUUUUUAAUACCCACCUGUGAGGAUAAGAGGAGAAACACACAAAGUUUUGUAUGUAUUUUGUGUGGCAUCACACAUCCUGUUUAUUGUGUAAACAAAAGUACAACACAAACACACAAGAUAGAUCUCAGAUGUUAAAAUGUACAUCUUAAUUUCAAACAUUUCAGCUAUGCAUUUCAGUUAUUUUCAGAAAACCGGUUCCCUUUUUCCAGGUCCUCUGCCAGUGUUUUCUUUCUCCUGUUGUCGUCUAUUUCUUGGGUGUGGCAGAGCCUAAAGCAAGAAGGUUUUUUUGUUUUUGUUUUUUUUUGGUAGUUUGACUCCUAUGUAUUGUGUAUUAGAUCACAGUUGGCAAUGAGGAUGUACAAAAUAAAGAGGUAAAAUAAAGAAUUAUGCUGCUUACUUUGA